AUGGUUAACGUUCCCAAGACACGCCGAACAUACUGCAAGGGCAAGCAAUGCCGCAAGCACACGCCCCACAAGGUCACCCAGUACAAGACCGGCAAGGCCUCGCUCUUCGCCCAGGGAAAGCGUCGUUACGACCGAAAGCAGUCGGGUCAGUUGGGCAUGAACGAGCGACGACGGCAAAGAAACAUGAUUCUGAUUCAAACUUUGCUGCCCAACAGGAUACGGUGGACAGACCAAGCCGGUGUUCCACAAGAAGGCCAAGACGACCAAGAAGGUCGUGCUGCGAUUGGAGUGCACCGUGUGCAAGUACAAGAUGCAGAUGGCGUUGAAGCGAUGCAAGCACUUUGAGCUCGGUGGUGACAAGAAGACCAAGGGUGCCGCCCUCGUCUUCUAG